AUGGAUGGCAAGGGCCGGCACACCUCAUCCGCCGGCAAGUUUUUUGGGCGGCGACUGCACAAGGACAAGGAAAAAGGCCCCUCGGACCCGCGACAUGGCCAGCAGCAAUCCCAAUCCACCGACAGCCCGCCUGGCAGCGCCCACGGUUCGCAGAGCUCCCGCCAUUCGCACCGUCACAGCACCUCGGCCGCCUCCAUCGACCGCCCCGUGUCCAUGAGCGCCGAGGGCAUCUUUGCGCGCGCAGGGCCCAUCUCCACCAUCGAUGCCCCGCGACACGGCGACGACGCUGCCGCUCGCUCCCACGAGCCGCUGCCACACCACCUGAACAAAGGCGGCGGCGACUUCCACCAGUAUCCCGUCUUCAACCCCUCCGCCAUGCCGCAGCAGAACGGCUACUCGAAUGCCGUCCCACGCCCCCCGCCGCACGCCGGCGGCACCACCAUCGCCUCGAGCCAGCCCGGCGACCGCGGCGUGUCCAUGCAGCAAUGGGGGGGCCGGGACAGCAGCAAGAACGGCGGCAGCGGCGGCGGCAGCUACUCGUACUAUGCUGCCACCGACUCGUCUGUCAACACGCGCGCCUCAUCGGACCAGGCGAGCAUCUACUCCAACGAUUCCAAGACUCGCGGGUCCAACGUCUUCUACCCGCAGAACCCCUCCCAGACCACCUUCUCCUCCAUCGGCCUCGAUGCAGGCAGCCUGCUACCCACCGCCACGUCCACCCCCCGCGACUCGCACCGCCAUCUGCUGCACUACAACUCGUCCUCGCCAUCCUCGUCCACCCCCUCGCUCGCCCAGCAGACGUUCAGCAUACAGCGCCCGCCCGACCAUGUAAUCGAGAAGGAAUUCAUGAAUCUGAUGGUCAAGCGGGGGUGGAAGAGCUUGCCCGAGCAGGCUCGGCGGCAAAUGGAGGCCUACAAAAUCGACAAGAAGUGGACGCUGGUGUAUCAGGACAAGCUGGCCGAGUUCAAGCACGACGAGAAGAAGCGCCAGACGCAACGGAGCACCUAUGUGGGCGGAGCAAGAGAAGACAUUCUUACGCGGGCAGAAGAGGAGGGCUCGCCCGAGUGGUACGUCAAGAAGGUCAUGGACAACUCCAUCACCAUCAAGCAGAUGUCGAGUCUGGAGAUCAGCUUAAGAACACAGCCAAUUGCGUGGGUCAGGACCUUCAUUGAGGCGCAGGGCCAGAUUGCCCUCACGAAUGUGCUCUCCAAAAUAAACCGCAGAAAAGGAACGGGGCCGACACCGCCACCAAGUGUGCUGGCCCAGAAGGCGGAAAACGACGUGGAAAGAGAAUACGAAAUUAUCAAGUGCUUGAAGGCGUUGAUGAACAACAAAUACGGCGCAGAUAACGCGAUCAACCAUCCCUCGAUUAUCCAGGCGCUGUGCGGAUCUCUCACUGCAGCACGACUCAACACCCGGAAAGUCGCAUCUGAUGUCCUCACGUUUCUGUGUCAUUGGGGCGAUGGCCAGGGACACGAGAAGGUCCUGCAGGCGCUCGACAAUCUCAAGGCGCAGUAUGGCGAGAGCAGCCGGUUCGACGCAUGGCUGCGCAUCGUCGAAGUCACCGUGGAUGGCCGUGGCAAGAUGGGUUCCAUGGUCGGCGCAUCAGACGAGGUGCGCAGCGGCGGCAUUGGUGUCGAGAACCUCCUGAUGGAAUAUGCAAUUGCAACCCUCUUCCUAAUAAACAUGAUUGUAGAUGCGCCAGAGCGCGACCUGCAGCUGCGAAUGCAUAUCCGUGCCCAGUUCACAGGAUGCGGUAUCAAGCGCAUCUUCUCCAAGAUGGAGGGCUUCCAGUACGAGGUCAUCGACAAGCAGAUCGAGCGAUACAUGAACAAUGAGGCUGUCGACUAUGAGGAUUUCCUCGAGCGCGAGAACAAUUCGAUGGUGGACGACAUCGAGGGCGAAGCCAAGGACCUCAAUGAUCCGAGCCAGAUCGCGGACGCCAUCAUGCAGAAGGUUGCGGGUAGUCGAACGCAGGAUUACUUUUUGUCUGCUAUGCAGCAUCUUUUGAUCAUCCGAGACACGGAGGGCGAAGACCGUCUGAAGAUGUUCCAGUUGGUGGACCAGAUGCUGAGCUAUGUGGCUAUGGACCGCCGACUCCCGGAUAUGGACCUUAAGCAAAGUCUGAACUUCACGGUUCAGUCGUUGCUUGACAAGCUGUACACCGAUGCCGAAGCCCGGCAGCAGCGCGAUGAGAUGAUCGAAGCACGACAAGUUGCAGACUCGGCCAUAGCAGAGCGUGACGAGGUCAAGGCCCAGCUCGAGCUGGGUGCAGAUGGCUUAGUCCAGAAGCUCCAGAAACAGCUUGCCGAGCAGGAGCGUAUGAUUGAGCUCCGUGGCAGGCAGGUCGAGCAGAUGAAGGCCGAACUUGCAGAGACCCAACGGAUAAGAGCCCAAGAACUUCAACGCAAUGAGCUGGAGACACGUGAAUUGUACCUCAUGCUCAGGGACGCACAAGAUGUGGCUGACUCUGCGGCGAAGAAGGGCGGCAAGGAGGGCUUGGCUGCUCAAGACCCAGCACAGAUGCAGGGUAUCAUGGACCGCGAACGCUUGAUGGGUAGACUCGAAAUCCAGCUACAGCGUGCCAGGACCCAGGCCACACUUGAAGGCAAGACUCUGCAAAUGCAACCGAGUGAGAAGCUCCGAGAGCUGCGAGAGAAGAUGGAGGGUACCAUGGGCGAACAGUCACAAGCAGAAUUCGAGGGCCUGGAGCCUGGCGCUUUUGGCUCGGUGCGUCGUGGAAAGAGUGUCGUUCCUCGCAGGAAACCUCUUCCGGGUCUUCCUGGAGAGGCUGGCGAGGACGAGUUCUCAGACUUGGGAGAAGACGAAGAAAUGAUCAUUGAGAAGCCUCGUCUUAUCCAGAUGCACAAGCCCAAGCUCAGUACAUCAACAGCCAAUGCCCUCUUGGGAGAGAUCUCCUCAAAAGUCAAGACAUACGACGGUUCAGACGCAGAAGAUGGUGGCGACGGCGUUACUACCGGACCUUCACAUCCAAGUCUCGAAUCAGACUCUCCCAAGACGCCUGCAGACACUGAUGCCGUCAAGUCUGGCAUCCCACCACCACCUCCUCCACCACCGGGUGCCCUCGGAUUUCCCGCUAACAUUCCCCCUCCGCCGCCUAUGCCCGGCACUAAUGCUAAUAUUCCUCCUCCUCCACCGCCGCCACCAGGCAAGCUUGGCUUUGGCAUUCCCCCACCACCCCCGAUGCCUGGUAUGAAGGGCAUUCCCCCACCACCACCUAUGCCUGGAGAUGGAAGUAUGCCACCACCCCCACCACCACCAAUGCCUGGUGGCAAACGACCGGGCUUCAUGCCCAAGGCUCCUGGCUUUCACGGUGCACCUUCAGUGUCGCUAUCUGGGCCACGUCCUAAGAAGAAGCUCAAGGCGCUGCAUUGGGAGAAGGUCGACUCUCCACAGACCACCGUGUGGGCUACUCGUGGUCUGACCUCUGAAGAAAAGGAGGAGAAGUACCAAGAGCUGUCGAAGAAGGGUGUACUCGAAGAGGUCGAGAAACUGUUCAUGGCCAAGGAGAUCAAGCAGCUCGGUAAGAAGCAGGACAAGAAGAACGAGAAGAAGCAGAUCAUCUCUCGCGAUCUCAUGCACAACUUCCAGAUUAGUAUGGCCAAAUUCUCAUCUGUGGCGGUCGAAGACUUUGUCAACAUGGUUAUUCAUUGCGAGCCGAGGAUUUUGGACGACCCUGUGGUUAUGGAGUUCUUGCAAAAGAACGACUUCUGCGAUAUUCCGGACAACACGGCCAAACUCAUGGCGCCGUAUGCGAAAGACUGGACCGGCCCCAAUGCUGUCGCAAGUACUCGCGAGCAAGACCCUACCGAGUUGACAAGAGAGGAUCAGAUCUACCUCUACACUGCAUACGAACUACAUGGCUACUGGAAGAGCAGGAUGCGGGCGCUUGCACUCACUCGAACGUACGAGACUGAGUACGACGAGAUUUCGAACAAGCUUUUGGAAGUUUCGCGCGUGUCUGAAAGCUUGAGGGAUUCGACAAGUCUGAUUAGUGUUCUUGGACUCAUUCUCGAUAUUGGUAACUUCAUGAACGACGCCAACAAGCAAGCCAACGGUUUCAAGCUAUCGACACUUUCACGACUGGGUAUGCUCAAGGAUGACAAGAAUGAAUCUACGUUUGCCGACCUCGUUGAACGUAUCGUCCGGAACCAAUACUCUGGAUGGGAAGGCUUCACCGACGAGAUUGGUGGUGUCAUUACUGCACAGAAGAUCAACGUCGAGCAGCUCAUCCAGGACGCGAAGAAGUACAUUGACAACAUCAAGAACGUUCAGAUGUCGCUUGACGCCGGUAAUUUGUCUGACCCUACCAAGUUCCAUCCAGAAGACAAGGUUGCAAUUGUCGUGCAAAGGAGCAUGAAGGAGGCAAGAAGGAAGGCGGAACAACUGCAAGUCUUCCUCGAGGAUAUGCAGAAGAGCUACGAUGACAUCAUGGCGUUCUAUGGCGAAGAUCCAACCGACGACAGUGCGCGGAGAGAGUUCUUUGCCAAGCUGGCGAACUUUGUUCAGGAGUGGAAGAAAUCCCGCGAAAAGAACACCCAGCUCGAAGACCAAUGGCGCCGCAACGAAAUCUCCAUGCGCCGCAAACAAGCCGCUCUCAACCCUCUCUCGCCGUCCGCGCUCUCUUCCGACUCCGACGCGCCCAAAUCCCCCGCCUCAACCGGCGCAAUGGACGACUUGCUCCAGAAACUGCGCGCGGCCAAACCGGAAGCGCGCGACCAACGAGACCGCCGCCGCCGUGCGCGCCUCAAGGACAAGCACCAAGUGCGCGUCGCCUCGGGCCAGAAGAUCCCCGAGCUCGGCAUCAACGUCGAAGAAGGCGCCGAAGGGUCCGCCGCAGAAGGCGACGACCCAGCAGCCAAGGCCAUCGUGUCACCGACCAGCGAUACUGCUGAUCCCGAAGCUCCCGCUGAUAUUGCAGAUCGCGCAGCUGCGAUGCUCGAAGGCCUGCAGGGCGGCUCCAGCCUCAACAAAGACGGCAGUCUAUCUGCUAGUAAAACUGAUGAUGAGGGUGGGGUGUUGAGCCCCAGUACAAUUCCUGAGGAGGAGGGGAAUCGAGAGGAGGGGGGCGAUGCUGAGGCGGAUGUGGAAGUUGUGAUCAGUCCCCCAAGUCCGGAGAGGAAUGGGGAGAAAGAAGAGGAAGGAGAGGGAAGGUUGCCGACGCCGCCGCCUGAGUAG